CAGCCACGUGAUUUUAAGAAGUUCAAAGAUUUUUUUUGAAGGAAGCAAUUGAAUGUUACAGUGCGAGUACGCGAGGGAGCAGUUGGGAGUCAAACUGCAAUCAGAACAAAGGAGUGUGCCCCAAGAGUAUCCCAGGUCGAGCUGCAUUCAUUCAUAGUCAAUGAAGGCAGCUCGUUCAAUACAUUCAGAUCAGCCUUGAAGUGAAUGGCGGAGGCGAAUUCAGCGCCUGGGAGUCAGUGUGCAGGAACCUCCAGCCUUGGUGUUUCUGGGGUCGGGACAUCGACGUGAGCUCUAAAGUUUGAUGCAAUGACGACGAGGAGAGGAUUCACCCAGCAGGAAAUUAAUAAAACGGUGUGGGAAGUGUUGGAGAGAUACACAGAGCUGGUCCCUGUGGGCUCAGGAGCCUAUGGAACGGUUUGCUCAGCCAUUGACAAGCGAACUGGUACCAAGGUGGCAAUCAAGAAACUGUACCGACCCUUUCAGUCCGAGCUGUUUGCCAAACGAGCUUACCGGGAACUGCGGCUGCUAAAACACAUGAAACACGAGAAUGUUAUUGGGCUGUUGGAUGUUUUCACACCAGAUCUGUCCUUGGAGAAAUUUCAUGAUUUUUACUUGGUCAUGCCAUUUAUGGGAACAGACCUUAGUAAACUAAUGAAGCACGAGAAACUGACUGAAGAUCGGAUCCAGUUUCUGGUAUACCAAGUCCUAAAAGGCCUAAAGUACAUCCACUCUGCAGGGAUCAUCCACAGGGAUCUUAAGCCUGGGAAUUUGGCAAUCAAUGAGGACUGCGAGUUAAAGAUUCUGGACUUUGGGUUGGCAAGACAUGCUGAUCAGGAAAUGACUGGCUAUGUGGUUACCAGAUGGUACCGUGCCCCAGAGGUUAUACUUAACUGGAUGCAUUAUACUCAAACAGUGGAUAUCUGGUCUGUUGGCUGCAUCAUGGCAGAGAUGAUUACAACCCGACCUCUUUUUAAAGGCAUCGAUCACCUAGAUCAACUAACAGAAAUCAUGAAAAUAACAGGUACACCGACCCAAGACUUUGUUCAGAAGCUGCAAAGUCAAGAUGCUAAAAAUUACAUCAAAAGCUUACCAAGGAUCCCAAAAAAAGACCUUAAAGCCCUGUUUGGAAAUGUAAAUCAAGUGGCUGUCAACCUUUUGGAAAAGAUGCUUGUGCUCGAUGCCGAAAAGCGGGUGACUGCUGCUGAGGCUUUGGCUCACCCAUACUUUGAGCAGUACCGAGAUCCUGAGGAAGAGACUGUGGCAAAAGUGUAUGACAAUAGUUUUGAUAACGUAGACCUCACCAUUGAAGAAUGGAAAUGUCAUACAUAUGAAGAAGUGGUUAACUUUAAGGCAUCAACGGUAGUGCCAGAGUCUAAAGAAACUUCAGUGUAGCUCUGGAAUCAUAACGACAGAGCAAAUCAGGCAAAGUAUAUAUUUGUGCAGCAGGGAGCUGUGAAAACAUUAAUUUUAGAUGUGUUGUUUUUAGAAUAUUGAAAAAAUAUGUACAGUACUGUAAUUCUAUGCCUAUGGCCGCCAGUUCAAACAGAGUAACUUUGUUUCUUUCGAGGUCAAACUAACAUUGUAUCAACAUUUCUCCAACGGCACCUUCAGAGUUAUAACAUUCUUAAAUUAUAUAUUAGAUUUUCUCCUGUUAGAUAAAGUUAACUUAGAAAAAGAGCCUGCAAAGGUAAUCUUGUCUUUAUACCAAACUUUCCACCAACCUUAACAGGUUUGAAUAUCAUCCUCACUGUUUUGAACUACAGAUUCAUUGGGAAUAAGAUAGGUCAGAACAUGGUGUUGUGACCCUAUAGUAAUAAUAGGUUAUUUGUAGCAUAUUUUCAGCAUAGUUUCCUAAGCCUCAUUUGCAAAGAUACCAAAUGGUGUAUUUACACAGUAGCAUGAUUGACAUAUUUGUCCAAUUACGCUGUGAAAAGCUUUGGAAUACUUUACUAUGUUGCUGUAUAAAUAUGAGUUGUAGUUUGUAGCAGGAGAUAGACUGCCCCAUCUGCAUUAUUUCAGUCUCUUGCAUACUCUAAUUCUAUGCUGUUUCACAUCUUGCAUCAGGAUUCUGCAGGUACCACUGGUAUGAUAAUAUAAAACUAUUGUUAACAUUUUGUUGAGUUUUUAAAUUAUAACAAGAAAAUGUUAUUGAAAUCUGAAUUGUUUAGAAUUUCAUUAUAACAACACUGGAACACUAAUUAGAAGUCACUAUCAGAGAUUACAUUUUCAAAUCCCUCCACAAAGCGCAAUGAUGAACUGACUCAAGGAAUUUCUUGAUGACGCCACUCAGUACUAACUAGACUUUAUCCACGUUUCCAUUAGUUUGUUUUCAGCAUUUCUAGUUAAUAAUUUUCAAUCAAUUCCAUUUACUUAACUAUCUUUCAGGUCACAGUGAAAUUGACAGUAAAAACACAUUGUACGAUGUUCAAUAGACUCGCACAUUCCCAUUGACUUUCUAUGAGUUUUGCAUAAAAGUUCCUUGAAGUCAACUGAAAGGGGAAUGGUUCUUUCCAUAGUGCAUCUGAUUCCUGUGUAUACAGAGCAAGCAACUGUGCAACCAGUCAGGAUACAGAAUUGUUCAUGAACAGUAUUUAUUCUAAACUUGGAGGUGCCCAUUUGAAUUUUUAGUACAAUAUCAAAGUAUUUGCAAGAAGCAUUAUAAAGAGAUUGGAUUGAAAGAGAGACAAAAAGAAUGAAGCAAUUUAUUUUUAAAUCCAAAGGAAUGAGAAUCUUUUUAACAUUAACUUCCAGGCACAGUAGUUGUUUGGCAAUAAUUAAGACUCCUCAAACCAUUAAAAGUUUACUGGUACUGGACUGAAUAAGCGCCAACAUUUAAUUCCUGUAUGUCAGGUAAAUACAGCUCCAUGUUUUACAAUGGCAAGAUAACACUCACACGCAAAGUAUCUCAGGCAGCAACUUCCUGAUUUAUACAUUUUACUGGGUAUUUGCAUUUGUCAGAUAUUACUGUCUGAUUAACAGGUUAUUAAUGUGGAGUGCUGUGUACACAGACUGUUACUUUUACUGUAAGAUCUAGCCCAUUCUCUUUCAAAUACAUGAAAGCAUACUUUUAGUUAUUUAUUGUAAUUUUCCAGUGAUUUCAUUACCAUCUGUACUCUACACCAGCCAGUAUUUCAUCUGUAACAAUACAAAACUCAUAAUGUUGUACACUCGUUUGAUGCUUUUGAUACUAGUUCUCAAACUUACUGUUGUGUUCCUGAAAGAACAGGGUUAACUGUAUCCUAGUAAACAAUGAAUUGUGAACUGUAUUGAAAAUAAACCACAAAAGGCAAAAAUAUUAGAAUA